AUGGUCCAAAACCAGCAAAUACCUUUCGCCGUCGACAUGCCACAAAACGGCGGCUCCAAGUGCUUCGACGACGACGGAAAAAACAAAAGAACUGGUAGUGUUUGGACGGCGAGUGCGCACAUAAUAACGGCGGUGAUAGGUUCCGGAGUUUUAUCACUUGCAUGGGCCACGGCGCAGUUAGGUUGGAUCGCCGGACCGGUGGUGAUGUUGCUCUUUUCCAUCGUCACUUAUUUCACAUCUACUCUCCUCGCCGCCUGUUACCGCUCCGGUGACCCUAACUCCGGAAAGAGGAACUACACUUACAUGGACGCCGUCAGAUCAAAUCUCGGUGGCGUAAAGGUCAAGUUAUGUGGUACUGUUCAAUAUCUUAACCUCUUUGGUGUUGCAAUUGGCUACACAAUUGCCUCAGCUAUAAGCAUGAUGGCAAUAAAGAGAUCAAACUGUUUCCACAAGAGUGAUGGGAAAGAUCCAUGUCAAAUGAACAGUAACCCUUACAUGAUAGCUUUUGGAUUAGUCCAGAUAAUAUUCUCUCAGAUUCCAGAUUUCGACCAACUUUGGUGGCUCUCUUAUCUUGCCGCCGUUAUGUCUUUCACUUAUUCCUCUGCCGGUCUCGCUCUCGGCAUCGCCCAAGUCAUAGAAAAUGGGAAAGUAAAGGGAAGUCUCACAGGGAUUAGCAUAGGAGCAGUGACAGAGACACAGAAGAUUUGGAGAACCUUCCAAGCUCUUGGAGACAUUGCUUUUGCUUACUCUUACUCCAUCAUUCUCAUUGAGAUUCAGGACACAGUGAAGUCACCACCAUCAGAAGAGAAAACAAUGAAGAAAGCAACGCUUGUGAGCGUAGGUGUAACGACUAUGUUCUAUAUGUUGUGUGGAUGCAUGGGAUACGCAGCGUUUGGAGACAUGUCACCCGGAAAUCUCUUAACCGGUUUCGGUUUUUACAACCCUUAUUGGCUUCUUGACAUUGCAAAUGCUGCCAUUGUUGUUCACCUCGUUGGUGCAUACCAAGUCUAUUGCCAACCUUUAUUUGCCUUCAUCGAGAAGCAAGCUUUGAUUCGGUUCCCAAAUAGCGAGUUUAUAUCUAAAGAUAUCAAAAUCCCUGUUCCUGGUUUCAAACCUUUCCGUUUAAACUUCUUCAGGUUGAUAUGGAGGACAGUGUUUGUGAUAAUAACGACAGUGAUCUCAAUGCUUCUUCCGUUUUUCAACGACGUUGUGGGGCUGCUCGGAGCACUAGGGUUUUGGCCGUUGACGGUGUAUUUUCCGGUGGAGAUGUACAUUGAGCAGAAGAAGAUAGCUAGAUGGAGCACUAGAUGGGUUUGUCUUCAAGUAUUUAGCUUAGCUUGUUUGGGAGUUAGCAUUGCUGCAGCUGCAGGGUCUAUAGCUGGAGUUGUUCUUGAUCUCAAGUCUUACAAGCCAUUUCAAAGCAGUUACUGA